UUCCUGUUCAAGCUGACAAACGUUUAAGUUUGUGUUACUGAGUUGUACACAUUUUCCAGUUUUAGUGAUUUUUUUUAAUACGCGUUUUCUGUAUUUUUGCUAAACGUAUUUACAUUUUAUAUCAAAAUGAGGCGAUUUUUUAGGAGUGUUGUAAUUUUCUGAGGCAGACAUCGCAAAAGGAUCCAAACUCGACCCACUGUUACCGACACGAACCGUCUUUUACAUUUGGGAGAUGGCGACUGAGCAGACGUCAACUGAUGCCAAGGAGACAGACCAGAAGGAGAAAAUGUUGUUGCAUUCAUCACAAGAGAGUUCUGCUCCUGAUUUAAGGCAGACUUCAACCCAUCCUAAUUUUCUCACACCUUCACAGUUUGGUAUUUCUGUCCAAAGUUUCACCCCAACUCCAUCAGACCGCAAAGAAAAGUCAUGUUUGGCCCAGCUCAAGGCAAGACGAAAGUCCAGUGUUGGUGUGAGAGGCUCUCCGGAAACAAACUCACUCAUUCGCUUCAUUGCACAACAGAAAAUGAAGAAUUCAAUAAACCGGCAAUCUUCACAGAAUAUCAGAAGCAGUCCCUUCCUUCCACGGCGAGCAUCCAACCUGAAGCAAAAAAUGGCUGCCUUCCAGAGCCUUAUGAACAUGGAGGAGAAUGACGUCUGUGAACCCAUGUCAAGGCAGGACGACAGCACUGGCGGAUGCUCAGAGACAAGAGGUUAUCUGUCUGACGAGAAAAGCCAGGAAGAAGGGAAAGAGAACCACCCUCCAGCGACGCCGUCUGCCCCCAAUAAGAGGCGGCGUGUGGCCCCCCUGGAAGGCUGUCAAGUGAAGAUUAGAGAAGAGCAUGCUCCGCUCCUCCACUCCAACGACUGCGACAAGGAGAAGGAUAAAGCAGUGAAAGAAAGCAGUGAUAUUGUUACCAAAGAGAGACUGCCAUCAAGUGCGAGUGAAGAGGUCCAUCCUGUGCUGCUUUCCCUUCCCCUCCAUGUUGAAAAUGACCCGCGCACGUCCUUGGAGCCACGGCGACAGGACAAUGUCUUUGAACCUGAAGGCUCCAGCCAAGCAUGUCCAAACGACCUGACUCCAGCCUCACCGGAUGACACUUCCUCGGCUUUGCAAAUCCUAUCCCCUCCAUCUGCACUGGCGAGGACGGCAGCAGGAGAGGAAGAUUCUUCGGUAACCCCUGCUUCAAAAAUGAAAAAGAGGCGGGUGCAUUUUGGAGGUCCUCUGUCCCCUGAGUUUUUUGAUAAGCACCUGCCUCCCAGCACCCCACUGCAGAAGGGGGGUACACCAGGUCGAGCCCCCACACCAAGUGGCAUCUUCAAGUUGCGCUCUGCGUUAAAAACACCUCAAAGGAAUGAGACCCCUGUCCCACAAGACCAGCCUGACCUCGACGGUCACACUGGGUUCGGUGCCUCCCCGGUUCUUGCGAUGCCUCGCAAAUGCAGCAUGACGUCUGUAGAGGAAGAUGGAGUGGAAGAGAAUAAAAAGAUCAUUUUCCCUACCAUAGAAGACAGUGACUCCACAGUUGUAAGUGAAUCAGAAUGGAAAAGUAAUCCCCAGCUGAAUUUAAAUAAUGCAUUCCAAGAUGAAGUUAUUUCUCCAGUGGCGAUAACAGCCACUCGCGUUAGUAUGCUGAAUGAACUGAUGUCCUUGUCCGAGGAAGAACAACCUGCAGAAGUCUCAAAAGGCCCAGCCACAUUGAGGAACUACAAGAAAAAGGAAACGGCGAAUCCUGAAUCCACGAUUGAACUUCCCGCUGGUCGCAGGAGUCGGAAGAGAAAGUUGCCUGAAGAGAGUGAACCGGUAAAGAGGUUUACACGCUCUGCUACCAAGCCAUCUGAGAAGAUUACGAUGGCGACUGCACGUCGAUGGAAAAAGGAGGUGAACCACUCUCUUUAUGGAUCUCGGAAAUAUGCAUCCAAACCUCCUAGCCUUAGCCCCGUUCCAGAGUCUUCAGCUGCACAGGACACGCCCACCUGCAACUGCACAGUGAUCUCAGACCAAAGUCCACACCCGACAAAUGAGGAAUCGACCAUCAGUGACCCGAUGACGGCGGUGCCUCACGAUGAAAUGCCAACUUCUAGCACCUUUCUUAUCUCGAGUAGCAAAAUAACCACAGCGAAGAAGAACAGAACAAGACUCAUCGGGAAGAGGAAGGUCGGAGUUCCAGAGAGUCACCUGCCCUGCGUGUCUCGUGACCAACUCAGUAAGAACAAUGAAGAUGACAUCGAUACACUUUCAGGUGUGUCAACCGAAGUCCUAGCUAUACCCGAACAAGCGUCAAACGCUACUGAAGAGACUUGUACGCUAAGAGCUGCUGACCCGGGAAGCCCGUCCGCAGAAGCGGCUUUGAAUUCCCAGCAGGCGCAAAAUAUGUUUAGAAGUUCCAUGAGCCUGUCCGAGGAGCCGCCUGCAAAGAACGGACAAGUCGACGAGAGCCUGGCUCCUUGGCAGGCUGACUUUAAUUUGGAGGACGUCUUCAAACCUGUCGCCACCACCAGAGGGCAGCGCUCUGUGCGCCGCAGCUUGAGGAACCUAAAAAACAAGACGGAGAAUGACACAGAGAGUGACGCAGGCUUGGCCUGGUUGCCUCGCGUCUCACCUGAAACCAGGAAAGAAGGCAGGAAGUCACGUAGAUUCUGUAUUAGUCUCCAAGUUCCUGUACUACCAGUCAACAUUUGAACACCCGGGACAACAAACUAGCUAUAACGCUAUUUUGUACAAUGUUUACGUCGCCUCACAAUUAAAUGGAAUUCAUUUCUAAAGUGCAAGCUUGUUGUUUGAUGAGCUAAAAAAAAGCGCUGAUGCGAUUGUCCUUAAGCAAUAAUUGCUACGGUCUCUAUAAGCAAAGCCGGUCAAUACUCAGAGAGAGAGCCAUGUCGUUUGUGCUGACCUCCUCUCAAUCAAUAUCUAACCACACGUUC